AUGGAGAAGCAUAAGGUCCGCCUCCUAACGCUAAAUGCCUGGGGCCUCAAAUACAUCGCAAAGCAUAGAAAGGCAAGACUUCGCUGGAUAGCAAACCAAUUGGCUUCUACCGACUACGAUGUGGUGGCGCUUCAGGAAGUUUGGGUAGAGGAAGACUGGCUUUACAUCGAAGAACAGUGUCGGAUCCAGUACCCUUACCGUCGUGUUUUCCGUUCUGGAGUCCUUGCUGGCCCCGGAUUAGCCAUCCUUCUGAAGAUACCCAUCAACAAUUCGUUCCUUUAUCGGUUCCCCAUCAACGGGAGACCCAGUGCUUUUUUUAGAGGUGACUGGUUUAUGGGAAAGUCUAUUGCAGUCACAAUACUAGAGCCACUCACUCCGGAAACCCCGCCUAUUGCCUUACUCAACUCACACAUGCAUGCUCCAUACUCUUCGCUGGGGGAUGCCGCUUAUUCCACACAUAGAGCAUGCCAAGCAUGGGAUAUGGCCAAGUUGGUGAAAACUUUGAAAAUGGCCAACUAUGCCGUCAUUCAGGUAGGUGACCUCAACUCCAAACCGGGUCUGUUGCCUUACAAGCUCUUCACGAUGGAGGGCGGUUUGGCGGACUCGUGGGAGAUUCUUCAGGGCGAAAAGAACCCACUGCCAGACGAAAUCGCCCGUAUGUCUCCUCAUGAUCAGAUAGUCAAGGCUGGCGUCACUUGCAAUUCUAUAUUCAACACAUGGCAUCCUCACCGGAAACCUCAUGAGGCAUGCCGCUUAGACUACGUCUUAAUCGACUCACAGACCCUUACGCCUGUCCUGGCAGCUGUAAGGUUUACUGAAGUGCUUCCACCUCCAUACUCCUGCUCAGCAUCUGAUCAUUUCGCUUUCGCCGUGGAUCUUGUGGUCAGCGAGAGAGACAGAACUAAUCUCCACGAUAAACACGGCAAAGCGGAACUCCUUGAAAUAUACCAAGAUGCCCAUAGUGAGAUCACGACAUAUCUCCAGCAGACCAUUCCAUUUCAAGCAACUUGGCGUAAAUACCACUUUUUUGCAUCGAUCUUGCUCGUCAUCAUGAUACAUAUUGGUAUUACGUUUGCCUCACAGAAGCAGCCAUGUUCAUCAGUGCUUCUUUCACUCGCAAGUACGUUGAUUGCUGUUUCCGGAGUGCUUAAUGGGUUGAUUUGGGGCUUUGGUGUCAGAUCAGAGCUGCGUGCUCUUCAAGAGGUAAGGAUGGAGGUCGAGGAUGCAAUUAGAGGAAUACAGCGGCUUUAUAGAGCCACUGCUUAA